CUGGAAUGUGUGAGCGUGCGGCGGCCUCACUUUUUGACUGGCUGCGCGAUCUGCACAGUAUCACUGUCUCCUCCCCCAUCGUAUCAUUUCAGCUCUUGGCGGCGGCGGUCUCUCUCUUCCCCCCCAACCUCGGCAGUCACUGUCCCUUCCGGCCUCUUAUCAGAGAAGAACAACUCCGGAGCUCCGACCUCUCUUCCCCCUUGUUCCCGGGAGCUCUUCCUUCUUCUCUCCUUCAAUGGCGUCCCUCUCCACGUCCCUUCUCCCACAAUACACUCCCCAGCAGCUCUCUUCCGCCUCCGCGCUCGCGCCUACCUCAUUUCCGAUCUCCUUCCGCUCUGCUGCGACUCUGACUCUCUCCGUGAAGCCUCCGACGACGAUAACCUGCCUCUCCACCUCGCAGGCCCAGGCCGCGGUCGCGACUGCGAGAGCCGACAGCAGGAUCACCGAGAGGAGCGAGAUUCGGCUCGGCUUGCCCAGCAAAGGCCGCAUGGCUGACGACACGCUCGAUCUCCUCAAGGAUUGCCAAUUACACGUAAAGCAGGUCAAUCCUCGGCAGUACGUUGCAGAAAUUCCUCAGCUUUCAAACUUGGAAGUCUGGUUUCAGCGGCCAAAAGACAUUGUUAGAAAAUUGUUAUCAGGAGAUCUAGACCUUGGUUUUGUUGGAUUGGACACCGUUAGUGAAUACGGACAGGGAAAUGAAGAUCUUAUCAUUGUUCAUGAUGAUCUUGAAUAUGGAGAUUGCCGUUUAUCUCUUGCGAUUCCUCAGUAUGGUAUCUUUGAGAACAUUAAUUCGCUGAAGGAGCUUGCACAAAUGCCUCAGUGGACUGAGGGGAGACCCCUUAGAGUUGCUACUGGCUUCAGCUAUUUGGGUCCUAAAUUUUUGAAGGAGAAUGGGCUGAAGCAUGUGACAUUUUCGACUGCUGACGGAGCUUUGGAGGCAGCUCCUGCGAUGGGAAUAGCUGAUGCCAUCCUGGACCUGGUGAGUAGCGGAACAACUUUGAGAGAAAACAACUUGAAAGAAAUUGAAGGUGGCACUGUGCUGGAAAGCCAGGGUGUUCUUGUUGCGAGCAGGAGGUCCCUGAUCAAGAGGGAAGGUGUAUUAGACAUAACCCAUGAGAUUCUUGAAAGAUUAGAAGCUCAUUUGAGGGCAGCCGGUCAGUUCACGGUAGUUGCUAAUAUGAGAGGAAGCAGCGCAGAAGAAGUGGCAACGCGGCUCCUAAGCCAACCGUCACUCUCUGGGUUGCAGGGACCUACCGUAAGUCCAGUCUAUUGCAAACGUGAUGGGAAGGUAGUUGCAGAUUACUAUGCAAUGGUCAUUUGUGUUCCCAAAAAGGCGCUUUAUAAAUCCGUUCAGCAAUUAAGAGCUAUCGGGGGUAGCGAUGUUCUAGUUUCUCCCUUGACCUACAUCUUCGAUGAGGAGCCUCCAAGAUGGCGUGAGCUCUUGAGAAAACUCGGACUCUAGUCCUUCCCUUAGGUGUAGCAUUGUUGGAGCCGAUAGACUCUCCUCUUAAGAGGAAAUAAUUCGACGAAUUUUAUUUACUUAUAGUACUUAAUACUCCCGACCUGUUUGUUGUAAUAUCUUGCGUUGAUUUUAGGACAUGCGGUUGUAUUCAUAGUGUUGUCUGGUGAUCAUGAUUUUUAUUUAUGGGCUCUGGCGAAGGCUUUUUUCUUUGUGUUCGAAGGAGCUCCCGCCCUAUCUGGCCAAGAAUUACUUAAACAUAGCUAGAACUCUUUGAACUGUUAAGAAAGUAUUCUGCAGAGCAACGAUCUGAAAAUCAUUGCAGUUAA